UAAAAGAACAUGUGCGCGUGUGGAACGACGACUGUUUACAGUAUUUAGAAAUACUUCACAUUACCCUUUACAUGCCAGCAGAUACACACAUAUCGUUUCCACACUGUCGAUAAAACUACAGAGAUGCCUAAAGUUAAGAAAUCCAGGGGAGGAGGAGGUGAGAAGAGCGGAGAAGCAAUGGCUCUGGCCGACCAGAUCCUCCAGGCGGACAGUAUCAGAGCCCGAGGCCGGGUGAAGAUCAGAGAUAACCGGGCAGACAACGAAGACACGUACGUAGACGAGCGUCUGUCGAGGAAGAUCUUACAGCAGGCCCGAAUACAGCAAGAGGAACUUCAGACUGAAUAUGGCCUGGCACCAGAAAAGAAGAAGAAAACACCAGUCACUUCUCUGGGGCCUGACACUCAGGAUGCAGACUCAGAUGAGGAGUGGCCUGCGUUGGGAGAAGCCGGUACUAGUGGAGCCGAUGUUGGAUUUGAUACCGAGGUUGUCGUUGACCCUGAUGAUGAGAAGGCCAUUGAGAUGUUCAUGAAUAAGAACCCACCAAUGAGACGGACCUUAGCUGACAUUAUCAUGGAAAAGAUCACAGAGAAGCAGACGGAGGUAGGAACAGUGAUGUCGGAGGUGUCAGGGUGUCCAAUGCCUCAGCUGGACCCAAGGGUCCUAGAAGUGUACAAAGGUGUCGGUAAGGUUCUCACAAAAUAUCGGAGUGGUAAACUCCCAAAGGCUUUUAAAAUAAUCCCAGCGCUGUCAAACUGGGAGCAGGUUCUGUAUCUGACUGAGCCUGAGACGUGGACUGCAGCUGCCAUGUAUCAAGCGACAAGAAUCUUCUCAUCCAAUCUGAAAGAGCGAAUGGCUCAGCGAUUUUACAACUUGGUGCUGCUUCCUCGAGUAAGAGACGACAUAGCAGAAUACAAACGACUUAACUUUCAUCUCUACAGUGCCUUGAAGAAAGCCUUGUUCAAACCAGGAGCUUGGUUCAAAGGUAUACUGAUUCCUCUCUGUGAAUCUGGGACAUGUACUCUCCGGGAAGCGAUCAUUAUUGGAAGCAUACUCACAAAGUGCUCGAUACCUGUUCUCCACUCCAGCGCUGCAAUGCUUAAGUUGGCAGAGAUGGAGUAUAAUGGAGCCAACAGCAUUUUCCUGCGCCUGUUGCUUGACAAGAAAUACGCCCUGCCUUUCCGUGUCCUAGAUGCCUUGGUGGCUCACUUCCUGUCCUUCCGCAAUGAAAAACGUGUGCUUCCUGUGCUGUGGCAUCAGAGUUUGCUCACCCUGGCUCAGCGCUACAAGGCUGACCUGGCAUCAGAGCAGAAGACUGCACUGUUGGAGCUGCUAAAGAUACAAACACACCCUCAGAUCUCAGCAGAGAUUCGAAGAGAACUGCAAAACUCAGAGUCGCGGGAUCUUGAAAUUGGGCUCCCUGUUACAGUUGAAAUGGCGUGAGGAGUCUUUCAAGUCAGAUGCAUCCUCUUCAUCCUAUGGCGGAUGUUGGAUACUCAUGCUUUCUUUUAGCAUGUGUAAAAUGUUAAUGCUUGAUUUAUUAUUUCUGUUUGAUGGACAGCAGAUUCCAAGAUCACACUGACUUAUUACAGUGUCUCAUAAAUACAUAUUCUGGCUGGGAUUGCACAUGUAGAAAUGCACAUCAGUAGUGAUGUAGAUGUGCAUUUGCAGUUCAGUAAUUGUUUGGAAACACACUGUAAAACUGGCAUAUGUAUUCAUUUAAUUAAGAGAAAUUCUGUUGUUUUUGAGGCAACAGCUUGAAUUAAAAAAAAUGGUUUGAAAAGGA